AUGACAUCGCAUUUUCAGCACUCCUUCCAGUUCUUGCUACUAAUCAGUAUCACCCUUCUAUGCACCACCAUCACCACCACCAUAGCUCAGUCAGCACCACCUCCCGGACCACCAGGUCCGACUAAUAUCACCAAAAUCUUGGAAAAAGCCAGCCAAUUCACCACCCUAAUCCGUCUUUUUGCCAUAACAAAGGUAGGUGACCAAAUCAACACCCAACUCAACAACUCCAAACAGGGCAUGACUGUAUUCGCACCCACAGACAACGCCUUCUCCAGCCUCAGCGUCGGCACUCUCAACUCUCUUUCCGAUCAACAAAAGGACGAAUUGGUUCAGUUCCAUGUCAUUCCCACAUUCAUCUCCACCUCACAGUUCCAAACCCUUAGCAAUCCGUUGAGGACACAGGCCGGAGAUAGUACCACUUAUAACUUUCCGUUAAAUAUUACCACUUCCGGCAACCAGGUGAAUCUAACCACUGGCGUUGUUAAUGCCACGGUGGCGAAUGCAAUUUACACGGACGGUUCACUUGCUGUGUAUCAAGUGGACAAGGUGCUUUUGCCCAUGAGCUUGUUUGGUCCGCAACCUCCUGCAGCCGCUCCAGCACCUGAACCACUGAAGGAUAAGAAAAAGAAAUCCGGAGACGAGGAUACUACGGCAACCAGCGACGGUAAGGCUAGUGCCAACUCCGUCGGGAGAAUAGGUUUACGUCGGGACUUGCAUGGCUUGACUGCGGGAGCGAUCGCUAUCAUCAUAAUGUUUUAUUUGUAACAGAUGGUCUCGAUUAUGCCACAUCCUAAUGUAGACGGUUGUUGAUCCAUUCCCUUUAAAUGGUGUUUUUUUUGGGUGAUUGUACCUAUCUUCUAUUUCGUACCGGGUUAUAUUUGUUGAAAUAUAUACUACUAAGAUUGAAAUAAACUUUCGGUUUUUAAAAUUUAUAAAAAGUUCAUGUACGAUCAAGGUUCUAAAAGACG